AGUAAGCAUGGACAUCAAGACUUACAGAAAAGAAACGAAAGGCAGUCCAGUACGGGCAUUACUACUCAUUAGCGAUAGAUAAGGAUAACGCGGCACUCUUCUCUUUUGUUUUGUUAUGUUAACUGUUACCUUUUAUUCUUCGUUUACUUCACACUGCGCGUUACUUCAUCACCAAUCGUGCCGCACUUAGAACUCCGGGGUCAAUUCGGAUAUGUCUUCUGAUAGUGCAAAGGAAAAUGCAUCAGUAGUUGAUUCAUCAGUCACUGAAGGGAGGAAUGACAUUGGAAAUUCAGAUGAUCCAGAGAGCUCAGGUUACAAGUUUAAUGAAAACAUUAAUACAACUAGGGCAGAUAAAGGGGGACAUUCUCAUGGUCAGAUAGGGCAUCCUACAGGAAUUGGAGUGGAAAAAUGGCAAAAUAUAAAAUACUUUAUCAUUAAGAGUUUGAACCAUCAAAACAUCCAUUUGUCAAUUGAGAAAGGAAUUUGGGCUACUCAAAUCAUGAAUGAACCGAUUCUAGAAGAAGCUUUUCAUAAUUCAGGCAGUGUAAUCCUUAUAUUUAGUGUCAACAUGAGUGGUUCCUUCCAAGGGUAUGCACAAAUGAUGUCCUCCAUUGGAAGGGGGAGAGACAAUGUUUGGAGUGAGGGAACUGGUAAAAGUAAUCCUUGGGGUCGCAGUUUUAAGGUCAAAUGGAUGUGUUUGAAUGAUUUGCCUUUCCACAAGACACUGCAUCUCAAGAAUCCGUUGAAUGACUAUAAGCCUGUCAAAAUUAGCAGAGAUUGCCAGGAGUUAUCUCCAGACAUUGGUCUAGCUCUUUGUGAACUUCUUGAUGGUAAGAAUUAUACAGAUUGCCUGCCGACCAGUUUAUCAAGGGAUGAAUUUUCUUUGAAAGGGCUUUAUGCGAAUACUCCAAGUUCAAUGGGAGAUGAAGACUGUAACUUUCCUCCACUGCAUACAUCGUGGUCAAUGCCCUUGCCUUAUUCUGCCUUGUUUUACCAAAAUCAACCAGAAGUAAAUAACUAUCAUUCAACAAACCAGAGAAUCAGUGGGACAAUGUUCACUGAAAUAUUGCCAACCACUUCUGAGUCAUCACAAGUGUCAGGGAUUAAACGUUCUAAGGAUGUGGCUUCUCAAUCUGAUUUUUGGGGUCUAUCUUCUGAAAGCCCUUUAGCUAGUACCCUAACUGAGGAUGAUUUUCUUGACAUGUCCUAUGAAGAAUACCUGGAGGUCCAUAGCAGAUGCAAGAAACAGUUACGCACCAGUGCAACUAAACCAUCUUGGAAACAACUGGAAUUGUUGAGAAGUAAUUCCCAUGAUGAUGAUAGGAAUACAGAAGAUGGGGUUGAUAGAGACAGGAGCAACUCUCAUGGGAGGAUACAUCAGUCAUCUUUGCCAUGGAUAUAACUGCUCCUCCAAUAUGUGAACAUGUUAACUUUUCGUCAGCUAAAUUUUGCACUUGCCUUGUGGUGUCAUCAUCUGCAAGGAGGCCCUUUUCCUGUUUUCGUAUAGCAAAGACGAAGUGGAAGUUAAUUGUAAUUGUCUAAAAUCAGUACUUGAUAUUGAACCUCAUAUUAAUGCGAUUCAAUUGCAGUUAAUUUGAGGCUUGUUUACCAAUUGUACAAAAUUUAGAUUUAGAUUGGAGUUAGAUUGACCAAAACAUACUUGUGGUGUGUAUAUAAUAUGCCCCUAGCAUUUUUCCCCUCUGGAAAAUUGUCGGCAAAGAUGCUGAUAUUGGUAAUGAGAGUAAGAAUUUCAAAUGUCUUCAAUUUUAUUAAUGUUUUAAGAU